UUCGUUCUCGCACUCGCUGUCUCUUCCUCUUACGCGGAAGCCUAAAAGCCUCUGCUUUCUCAAACCCCCAGUCCCCACACCCAAAAGCAGCAUGGGCGUUGGGUUUAAAACUUCAUCUCUCGCACUCGCUUUCUAUUCGUCUUACGCAGAAGUCGAAAAACCCCUGCUUUCUCAAACUCCCACACCCAAAACCUCUACGGAAGAAACAGCAGGCACCGUUUCAGGGUCGAAGAGAUAGAUACAUUGAAAAGAACCUGAAAAGUUUGAUAGCUCUGUGAAAAACCAAUUUUAUGCUAGCUUCUAAUGGCCGGCAGCUUUAUAGCUAGUCUGGGAUCCGAAACCCAAUCGGAAUCUCCGUCUACUUCGACGAAUGGACCUCUCUCUCUGUUUCACAGAAGAAUCGGUUUCCACCCUGCGAGAAAGCCCUUCAAGAGCUUUGGUAAUGGCGGCGGCGUUUCGGACCAACGUCGAUCGGGGUCUAGCGCGGGCCAAUGGGGAUUGGCUGGGAAGAAAGAUGGGUACGAGUUAUUGGAUAAUGGGUCAGAUCCUGAGCUCAGCUUCGGGAUUACUGUACGGAGAAUUGGUGCCGGUCUGAAAAAUCUCGGAAAUACUUGUUUCCUCAAUUCGGUGUUGCAGUGUCUAACAUACACAGAGCCUUUAGCAGCAUACCUGCAAAGUAGCAAGCAUCAAAAUUCUUGUCAUAUUGCUGGAUUUUGUGUUUUAUGUGCCAUCCAGAAACAUGUCAGCUGUGCUCUACAAUCAACUGGGAGAAUAUUAGCACCGAAUGAUUUUGUCAGGAACUUGCAAUGCAUAUCGCGGAAUUUCCGAAAAGCUAGACAGGAGGAUGCACAUGAGUACAUGGUAAAUUUACUGGAAUCAAUGCAUAAAUGCUGCUUACCUUCUGGAGUGCCUAGCGAAUCCCCUACUGCUUGUGAGAAUAGUUUGGUGUACAAGAUAUUUGGAGGUCGCCUCAGGAGUCAGGUUAAAUGCUUGCAAUGUUCUUAUUGCUCCAAUACAUUUGAUCCAUUCUUAGAUUUAAGUCUUGAAAUAGUCAAGGCAGAUUCCUUGAAUAAAGCACUUGCAAACUUCACUGCUGCGGAGCAGUUAGAUGGAGGAGAAAGGCAAUAUCAAUGCCAACAUUGCAAGCAGAAAGUUCGGGCUCUCAAACAGCUCACUGUCCACGAGGCACCAUAUGUCCUAACUGUUCAUUUGAAGCGGUUUCAUUCUCAUGAUCCCGGGCAAAAGAUUAAAAAGAAAGUUCAUUUUGGUUCUACAUUAGAUUUGAAACCCUUCGUCAGUGGUUCCUAUGAUGGAGAUCUGAAAUAUACUCUUUAUGGGGUUUUGGUACAUGAUGGUUGGAACACCCAUUAUGGACAUUAUUCUUGCUAUGUUCGCACUUCAAAUGGCCUUUGGUACCAUCUCAAUGACAAUCAGGUUGCCCCAGCCAGUGAGAAGAGAGUUCUAGAACAGCAAGCUUACAUGCUGUUUUAUGUUCGUGAUAGAAGGAAAUCCCCGACUGAUGUUGUUCAGAAAGAGAAUUUGAGAGGAAAUGCUAAUGGAAUAAGAACAUCUUCCACUUUCAACCAAGACUUAAAGGAGACAGUUAAAACUGGUCCAGUUGAGAAUCAGUUGAUUGGUGCAACCUCUGCUACUGUGGUUACUCGAAAAGAUGCAUCAAACAUUUGUCCACCAAGGACACCCCUUGUCAAGGAAGCAUCAGUACAAAAAAACGAUUGCCUGAUAAUAACAGAAUGCUCAGUGCUGGGAAAGGGUUCUGUAUCAGAACCUCUCUUAGAGGCACCGUUAUUAAACACUCCACUGGAAGUGCUUCCUGCUACUGACCUAAAUUCUAGAGAAUUCUUGUCAAUAUCAGCUCCAUCUGGUAAUGGUGCUUCUGACAUUGGAAAGACAGCUGAAGGCAUUAUUAAUGAUCACAAAGCAAGUGGAAGUUCAAGUAGAGCCUCAGUUUCAACAUCACCUAACUUCAGUGAUCCCCAAAGCUCUUCUACUGCUAAACUUGUUACAGAUGAGACCUGUCAGAAGGUUGGGAAUACACCCAAUGAAGGCGCUGUUUGUAAUUUGCGGGUUGAGGAUGCUGGUGAUAGGGUUAAGGAAAUACCACGUAAUGAGUCAGUAAAAUUAUCCAGCUCAUCAAUCAAGGCAAAUGGAUUACAGACAGAAGCUCAUAACUGCAAGCAUGACAGAAAAUUGAAAAAGAAGCUCCUGAAGUACCAGGCGGUGAGUGUGCAGCUUAACUCACACUUCCUCUUCCGUGCAUCUUUAAGUUUGUGGAAAAAGAAAAAACACAAGAGAAACAAACAUGUGAGGAAUCUUAGCAGGGCAAACUUAUUGGACACAGAUUCUACCUCAACAGAUCUGGGGCCAUCUACAUCUGAGAGUACCAGGACAAUUACCUUCUUAGCUCAACGUCUGAGAAAAGGGACUAAGUCUGGUUCAGAAAGAGGAGCUAAUAAUGCUGCUACAUUGGAUUUAAUGACCUCUAGUGGCGAUUGCUUUAUGGAAAAUGUUAUAGAUGGUGAGUUUAGACAUAAAAUUGAUCAGUGUGGAACUGUACUGGCAACUGAUAAACAAUUAGGAAAGAGCUCCUUUUUAGAUAAGCGGGAAUCAGGAAGAUCGGAUGGUCCAAAAGAUGGGAAAAGAAAAGUAGUGCAGAAUGGUUUGAUGAGCAUGCUUACCCGAGGUCUGGAGGAGACAGUUGUUGCUUGUUGGGAUGGUAUAGAGUUACCUCCAUCUCAAAUUGUGGCAUCAAAUGGUAUUGAAAGUAUCGGCAUUGGAUACAUGCCAGAUGAAUGGGAUGAAGAAUAUGACAGGGGAAGGAGAAAAAAGGUUAGGCAGUCUAAGCUUAGUUUUGGCGGACCAAAUCCUUUCCAAGAAACUGCGACCAAGAAAUCCCAAACAAAGAAGGCUAAGUUGGACCGAUCUAGCUCCGGAAAUGAGCCAUUCAGGAUAUGAAGAAACUAGAUUGACAUCAAUUAAGUGUAAGCUUACCUUUUUGUUUCUUGUAACAAUUGGAGUAUUGUUAAGGUGAAAAUUCAAGAGGGAGAGUGCUAGAGUUGAUCGUAUCUUCUUUGCCGGAAUUGUCUGUUAAAGGAGGGAGUGUUGUGGGGGGAUUUGUAUUUGACUUAGUCCGCUUGUAACAUUUCUCAUGUUGGAAGAUUAUUACCUGAAGCAA